AUGGCUCCAAUCUUACAUCUGGUACGCCAUGCUCAGGGUGAACAUAACAAAGGAGGUGACGCUUAUUUGAUUCGCGACCCAGUCCUGAUAAAAUCUGGGUUGGAUGAAUGUCGGAUGUUGUCUGAACAGUUCCCAUACCACUCUUCCAUUGAUCUCAUCGUCUCGUCUCCGCUGCGCCGUUCGUUAUACACUGCCCUCGAGGCUUUUAAGCCAGCUAUUGCCAGAGGAGUGAAAGUUGUAGCCUUGCCGGAACUGCAAGAGACGAGUGAUAUUGCCUGUGACACAGGGACUGAAGUCUCAGAGCUUGCGCGAGAAUUCUCUGUGGAGCUAGGGCCGUCUGGACCUGUUGUUGACCUAAGCCUCUUGAAACCUGGAUGGUGGGUGAAGAAAGGUAAAUAUGCGCCGUCAUCCAGCGCCCUUAUCGCGCGAGCAAAAGAUGCGAGACAAUGGCUGCGAGCAAGGCCAGAGAAAGAGAUCGUAGUUGUCGGCCAUGGUGGAUUCUUCCACUAUCUCACUGAAGAUUGGACGGGUGUCGGGGAUAGCGAACAUGCGAGCGCUUGGGAAAAUACUGAAUUCCGAACAUAUCGGUUCGUCAGUGAUGAUGAUGAGAAUGCCAGCAUUAUAGAGACGGAAAAGUCCAGGGCCGAUAGGGGCGUCACUGGUAGGAUUCCCUCCAGGGACGAACAACGGCAGCUUUAUCUGAAAGUAAUGCAGUACUGGGAGGACCGGGGGUUUCAGAACCCCCUGAAGAUGGAAGGGUAG